ACAGAACCAAAUCAUUGCUAAGGUGGGCAUAUUCCCCCGUUGUUAUUUGUUACACAGAGAGAGAGAGUGCAGGAGGAGGAGAGAGAAAGUAGAAGACAUGGAUUUACUGCCGGCAGAGACGCCGGAACUUGCGAAAAAGCACGGAUUUCGAUCGCUGAAGCUGUUAACCAUCGACAUGGAGCAGCCUCUCGCUGAUAAACCAUACGGCGUAGAUUACGGCAGGCUCGACAAUGGCCUCACUUACUACGUUCGAUCCAAUUCAAAACCUAAAAUGCGCGCUGCUCUUGCUCUCGUUGUUAAAGCUGGCUCAGUUUUGGAAGAGGAAGAUGAAAGAGGAGUUGCUCACAUUGUUGAACAUCUAGCUUUCAAUGCAACUACAAAAUAUACAAAUCAUGACAUUGUCAAGUUCUUAGAAAGCAUUGGAGCAGAAUUUGGUGCUUGCCAGAAUGCCAUGACUUCAGCUGAUGAUACUGUUUACGAGCUCUUUGUCCCUGUAGACAAACCUGAACUACUCUCUGAAGCUAUAUCAGUCUUAGCAGAAUUUAGCACUGAGAUUCGGGUGUCAGCGGAAGACUUGGAGAAAGAGAGGGGAGCUGUUAUGGAAGAGUAUAGGGGAAGCCGGAAUGCCAAUGGCCGAAUGCAGGAUUCACAUUGGGCUUUGAUGAUGGGAGGUUCUAAGUACGCGGAGCGUUUGCCAAUUGGAACAGAAAAAGUUAUUCGAACAGUUUCUGCUGCAACUGUGAAACAAUUCUAUAAGAAGUGGUACCAUUUACAGCAUAUGGCAUUGAUAGCUGUUGGAGACUUUCCCAGCACAGAGAGUGUAGUUGAGUUAAUUAGGAUGCACUUUGGACAGAAAAGCUCUGCUCUUGAACCUGUAAACCUACCUCAUUUUCCAGUUCCGUCGCAUGACGAGCCGCGUUUUUCAUGUUUUAUUGAAUCUGAAGCUGCUGGGUCUGCAGUAAUGAUCAGCUGUAAAAUGCCAGCACGACAGCUCAAAACCAUAAAGGACUACAGGGAUUUGCUUGUGGAGUCCAUGUUCCUUCAAGCUUUAAACCAGAGAUUGUUUAAAGUUUCUCGUAGGAGGGAUCCACCUUUUUACUCAUGCUCUGCUGCUGCAGAUGAUCUAGUAUCUCCAAUUAAAGCUUAUAUAAUGACUUCGUCAUGUAAAGAGAGCGGAACUAUUGAGGCUUUGGAAGCAAUGGUCAUGGAGCUUGCAAGGAUUCAUUUGCACGGAUUUUCAGAUCGUGAAAUAUCUAUUGUUCGGGCACUACUAUUAUCUGAGAUUGAAUCUGCCUAUCUGGAGCGUGAUCAAAUACAAUCAACCAGCUUAAGGGACGAGUAUGUGCAGCAUUUCCUCUGCAAUGAACCUGUUGUAGGAAUUGAGUUUGAGGCACAACUCCAAAAAACUCUUCUACCAUCUAUCUCUGCGACUGAGGUAGCCACAUUUGCCCAGAAGUUCUGCACAACAAGCAAUUGCGUCAUCAAGGCAAUUGAGCCUCAGGCUACUGUAACUUUAGACGAGCUUAAAAAUGCUGUGUCAAAAGUUACAUGCCUUGAGGAAGGAAGAAGGAUCCCGGCUUGGGAUGAAGAGCAAAUUCCUGAAGAUAUAGUCGCUAUUGAGCCAAAUUCUGGGAGCAUUGAUCAGCUGCAAGAAUAUUCAGAUAUCAAGGCGACUGAGCUAAUUUUGUCAAAUGGCAUGAGAGUUUGCUAUAAGUGUACAGACUUCCUUGAUGAUCAGGUUCUUAUUUCUGGAUACUCAUAUGGAGGACUUUCAGAACUCUCAGAGACUGAUUAUUUUUCAUGUUCAAUGGGUUCAACCAUUGCUGGGGAAAUUGGCAUUUUUGGCCAUAAGCCAUCGUUGCUGAUGGACAUGCUAGCUGGUAAGAGGGCUGAGGUUGGAACAAAACUUGGACCAUAUAUGAGAACUUUCUCUGCUGACUGCUCACCAACAGACCUGGAAACUGCAUUGCAGCUUGUUUAUCAGCUUUUUAUGACAAAUGUGGAGCCCAUAGAGGAAGAAGCUAGAAAGGUGAUGGAAAUGGCAGAAGAAGCCGUCCGUGCUCAGGAAAGAGAUCCGUAUACUGCAUUUGCAAACCGUGUGAGGGAAAUAAACUAUGGAAAUUCUUAUUUCUUCAGGCCUAUUAGAAUUAGUGACCUGAAAAAGGUUGAUGCUUUUAAAGCAUGCAAGUAUUUCAGCAACUGUUUUAAGGAUCCAUCAACUUUCACGGUCGUGAUUGUUGGCAACAUUGAUCCUGCUAUUGCCAGUCCAUUGAUAUUGCAGUACUUGGGUGGAAUACCAAAGCCUCCUACCCCAAUUUUGCAGUUUAACCGUGAUGACCUCAAAGGCCUUCCCUUCACUUUACCUGACAAAAUAAUAAGGGAAAUUGUCCGUAGACCAAUGGUGGAAGCACAGUGUUCAGUGCAGUUAUGCUUUCCUGUGGAGCUGAAGAAUGGGGCCAUGAUUGAAGAGAUCCAUUUUGUCGGAUUUUUGAGUAAGCUGCUUGAGACAAAGAUGAUGCAGGUCCUCCGCUUUAAACAUGGGCAGAUUUACUCUGCAGGUGUUUCUGUAUUCUUGGGGGGUAACAAGCCAUCAAGAACUGGUGAUGUACGCGGGGACAUCAGCAUUAACUUUUCAUGUGAUCCUUCAAUGUCUUCAACUCUGGUUGACCUGGCACUAGAUGAGAUUUUACAUCUGCAGAAGGAAGGCCCCACGGAUGAAGACAUUUCAUCCAUACUUGAAAUCGAGCAGAGAGCGCAUGAAAAUGGAUUGCAGGAGAACUACUAUUGGCUGGACAGGAUUCUUCGAAGUUAUCAAUCAAGAGUCUAUUCUGGCGAUUUAGGUUCUUCUUUUCAGAUUCAAGACGAAGCACGUGUGAAAGUAAGAGCAUCUCUAACACCAACUGCAACAAAGUCUGCUUUGCAGAGGAUUCUUCCAUUACCUUGCAGCAAGAAGUAUACGGUGGUCAUUCUGAUGCCCCAAGCUAAACGUUGCAAAUUACUAAAUUCAUGCUUUUGGGAAACCUUUCAAAAUACGAAGGUUUUAAUAGGCAUAGCUGGUCUAACCAUUCUGACUGUCACUUUGUGGAGGUAUUCCCGUAGCAGCAUUAAUCCGGAGAAAUAACUCCAGAGUUAAAUACUUGGCUGCAUGUAAGGUUUGACUUGGGACAGAAUAUACGAAUUUAUCAACACAAGGUGUCAGAGAAAGCUUAUGCAAGAGGCCCUGGGGAGAUGUGCUCUACUGAAAGGAGAUCUUGAGCUUCCUGCAAUCAGUUUUGCGUGAGUUUGCAGCAAAUUAAAUCGGUGCAUAUAGUCCUAAGUCAUUUGACAGACAAUAUUUAUGAUCACUGUGAAUUUUGGAAACUAUGUUCGGCAUCCUUUCAUAUGUAUUGCUUCUAGGAGCAUGUAAAGAAGUAUUUCUAUGCCUCAAGUGAUAAUUCUAUGUG